AUGCCGGAGCCAAGCGCCGUGUGGCUGGUGGACAUCAGCAAGAGCAUCGAAUCCGCCAUUGGCGCUCUCGCUCGCGCUAACCUCGAUGCUAAGAGCCACAAGGGCAGAGUACAGCUUGUACUCGUUACAGUCACGGCAGGCAUAAGCGGGAGCGCGUCACCAGCGCACGGCAUGGCGGGGAAGAUGUCGUUCGCGCGGCAGCUGCAGGCACAGGCGACGCAGGCAGAGGAGGAAGAGUGCUAUCCGACCCCCGGCCGCAAGCAGAGCGCCGCAGACCUUGCCUCGCCCUCGACACGCCCCGCCAUAACGAUGCACACGGAGGCAGCAGAGGCGUGGGAGCGAGGGCUGUGCAUCGCAGCUGUCAAGUUCAAAGCGCAACGCCUCUACAUCAGCAACACGCCGCCGCCUAAGAAGGCCAGUCGGCGCCUAUUUCGGAAGCACGAGCCCGCGCCCAUCAUGGAUUUCCCUCUGGACCUCCUCCCCUCCACCUGCACGCUGCUCAUACCCAAGGCCGACAAGCUCAUCACGCUCCAAGGCCACCUCAACGCAUCUGCACCGUCCAUCGAAACCCUCCUCCUGAUCAACGGCCUCGGUGCGCCGUCAGCGCUGCACAACUUCAACGGCAGCAGAGGCCCGUCGCCGUCUCGCAAGGGCCUGCCGCCUCUCUCCCCUCGAGGCUUCACCCCCCGCCUCUUCUCCCCACGUACAGCCUCUCCCACUGAUACUAGUGACCCCCAGGCGGGGAACCCCCACCACCAGGCGAAUUCUUCUCUUCAAGGGAAUUCUCUUCAAGGAGUUUCCCACCGUGCGGAGGUGUAUCGGCCGGGGCUGCCGCCGUCGUCGCCAGCUGUCUGCUCCCCAUCCACCGCAGCAGCCGUGGCGUAUUCAGCAGCACUGGCCUCAGGCUCAACCGCAGCGGCUGGGAUGACAGGGAUGACAGGGGCGGCAGGGGUGACUGGGGUUGACCCGCGUGUACAGCCCCCGUCCCCACGCAUCCACUUCCGCCCCUUCAAUGUGUCCGCCUCCUUCGCAUCGCGCUCCAUCAAGCGCCGCAUCCCCUCUGCCUCCAUGCGCGCUGCCUUUGUGCGCCGCAUGCUCAGCCCCAGCGCCGCCCGCCGCGGCCGGGCAGCGGGAGCCGACGGCUUGGAUAGCGACGACAGCAGCAGCUUCGGCAGCGGAGGCGGCAGCACCCACUUCUUCAACCGCGCUAGAGGGUUCUCCCUCAGUGGCAGCUUUGGCAGCCACAGUGCAGCUGGUUUCGGUGCUGGCGCUGCUGCUGCUGCUGCUGCUGGUGCUGGUGCUGGUGCUGGUGCUGGUGCUGGUGCUGGUGCUGGUGCUGGUGCUGGUGCUGGUGCUGGUGCUGGCACUGCUGCUGGCGCUGCUGGUGGUGGUGCUGGUGGGGAGAUGCUGCGGGCGCGGCUGCAGAGGCAGAACUCGUUCUCCAAUCUCGAGGCUCUCAUGGCUGCUGGCACCUGCUCCGGCACCUUUGUUGUCGGCUCCGGCGCUCCUCUACUCGGCACUGGCGGUUACUAUGGUGACACUGAUUUCCCCACCACUGCGGCUGGUGCUGCUGCCGGUGCUGGUGCUGCCGGUGCCGCUGCCGCCGCUGUUGCAGCGGCUGGUGCUGCUGGUGGUGCUGGUGUGGGUGGUUUCAGUGGGGCUUCUCUGGCAGACGCAGUGCAGAGGGCGGCGAGGGCAGGGGCGAUGGCGGGUCGGGGCCGCAGCAUGAUUCCCCAGUCGGAGCCGCUGUGCCUGGGCAUGUCAGCUGCUGUUCUCAUGGAUGACUCAGAUGAUGAGGAAGAGGAGGAGGAGAUGGGGAGUGAGAGGGGGAGCGAGAGGGGGAGUGAGAAGGGGAGCGAGAGAGGGGAGGAGAGUGGCCAUGAGCAGGGAGGGAGUGAGAAGGCGGGGAGGCUGGGGGGUGCACCAUUCAACCUGCGCGCACGGCCACCCACGCCCCCCAAGUCCCCUGUGGCUCGGUCCAUGGCGAGCUGCUCUGUCAGCAGUGCUGCGAGCAUCCCCGAGCUGGAGGAGGGUGAGGACGAGGAUGAGGAGGAGGAGGAGCAGGGGGCAGGGAAGGAGGCUCUAGGACGUGCUGCAACGAGCUGCAGCUUGAGCACAGCACAGCACCCAGCCACACCACCCCCCCUUCACAGCUCCCCUCGCACGUUUCCCAGCCGCCCCUCUCCACCAUCUGCCCUCACUGCCCUCCCCAAUUCCCCCCUUACCCCCGCCUCCUCCAAGACGCCUACCCCUCAGGCACCCAUAGUGCUAUCUAUCCCAGAUCACCCUUUUGAAAUGGCCUCCAGCAGCCCUCGGUUAUCCUUGUCACCGUCCAGCCCCCAUGACCCUAUGCAAGCACCCACCACCCCUUGUCUGCCCAAGUCACCUGGUACCCCCACCAGCUUUCCCUCCCAAGCACCCACCACCCCUCGCCUGCCCAAAGCGUUUUCCAACCCCAACCCACCCACAACGCCCCCCGGUCUUGGCCUCACCAAAUCGUCCUCCAUCUCGGCCCUCGCCCAGCUGCCCUCCAGCCCUAAGGGUGUGUUGGUUGCCGUGCACAUGCCCUCCACCCCUCAGGGUGUGCUGGGGGCCGCGCACAUGCCCUCCACCCCUGAGGGUGUGCUGGGGGGCGCACACAUGCCAUGCACCCCUGAUGCCAUGCAGUUGCCCUCCACCCCUCGGCCUGUGCUGGCUCCUCUUGCAGCUAGGGAGAGGGAGAGGGAGAGGGAAAGGGUGAGGGGGAGGGGGGAGGAGGAGCAGGAGGAGGGCAUCACGUUUGUCACUGGCGAGUUCUCAACCAAGUAUUCCUCCUCCAGCAGCCUCUCAGCCUGGUCGCCUGCCCGUUCUGAGUCCAGCAGCGCCUCCCGCCUCUUCCGAACCGAAUCCCGAACCUCCACCGAGUCCCGACCCUCCACCGAGUGCCGCACCUUCUCCCGAGCCGAGAUCCUCCAGGCCACCGACCACUUCUCCCCGAAAACCAUCCUCACUAAAACCGUCCUUGGUACUCUGCACAAGGGCACACUCUUCGGCUCUACCGUCGCAGUCAAACGCCUCGAGCAUGCAAGCUCGUGCGAGGAAGAGGAUUUCCAGAGAGAAGUGAGCAUACUGUCCAAAGUUCGCCACCCGCACGUGGCCCUCAUGAUGGGUCAAUGCCCCGAGGAGCGCUGCAUAGUCUACGAGCACCUCCCCGGAGGCUCCCUCCUCGAGCGCCUCGCCAAAACCCCUGGCGCCAAGCCGUGGGCCCCGCUGACGUGGCACGACCGGAUCCGCGUGUCGUGCGAGCUGGCAGCAGCCCUGGUGUUCCUCCACUGCCACGACCCGCCCAUCGUCCAUGGGGACCUGCGGCCGGAAAAUAUCCUUCUGGACCGAAACAAGCGCAGCAAGGUGGGAGACGUGGGGAUAGCUCAGUUUGUCGGGCAAGGCGAGGUGCUGCCGGAAACGUGGCGUCUGUCCGGCUCUGUCGGGUACAUUGACCCGUCUGAGAUGCAAACCGGGGAGGUGACGGGGAGGAGCGAUGUGUAUGCGCUCGGGUUGAUAAUCCUGCAGCUCCUUCUUGGGCAGCCGAAUAUCCGCGCGUUGCACAAGCAGCUGAUGCCAUUCAAGCGGGCGGGGGGGGCAGUGGAAGCAGCGGUAGAGGAGCUGAUGUGCUGUUUAGAUCCUGCGGCUGGGAUUUGGCCGAGAAAGGUGGCGGAGAGGAUGCUGGCGAUGGCGCUGUUGUGCGUGCUGAACGAUGCUGAGGCUCGGCCGGACUUCGUGGGGUGUGUGUUUCCAGAGCUGAGGCAUGUGGGGCAGUGGGCUGAGGCGGAGAGGAAGAGGCGAUGUCCGGGGCAGGAGGAGAAGCUCAUGUGUCCUUUGAGCAAGACACGAAUUCAGGACCCUGGAUUUCCCCAUCCGCCUUCCCUUUCCCCAUCCCCUUCUCUUUCCCUAUCCCCCUUCCCUUCCCCCAUCCCCCCUUCCCUUCCCCCACCCCCCUUCUCUUACCACAUCCCCGUUCCCUUCCCCACACCCACGCACCCUUCCCCGAUCCCCCAUUUCCUAUCCCUAUCCCUCAUCCCUUCCCCGCAUCCUCCUUUCCCUUCCCCCAUCCUUCAUCCCUUCCCUCAUCCCCCGUUCCCUCCCCCUCUGCUAUCACCUUCUUUUCUCUUUCUGCUACCACCUCCCUUCCCCCUCUGCUGUCACCUCUCAUCCCGUGCUACCAGCUCCUCCCAUGCAGCCAACACUUUGCCAACCCUUCCACCUUUUCCCCCUGCUUUCACACACUAUUCCGCCAAGCAAUCACGUCCCCCCUUCCUCCCUGCCUCCUUUCUUUCCCCAUGUCAUGCCUCACCUCGCUUUCCUCCCAUGCCUCACCUCGCUUUCCUCCCAUGCCUCACCUCGCUUUCCUCCCAUGCCUCACCUCGCUUUCCUCCCAUGCCUCACCUCGCUUUCCUCCCAUGCCUCACCUCGCUUUCCUCCCAUGCCUCACCUCGCUUUCCUCCCAUGCCUCACCUCUGUUUUCCCACUUGUCUCCCCUCUGCUUUUCCCCUCUCUCCCCCCUGUUGA